AUGAGUAAAGCUGUACACAGGAGGAAGAAUGGUGGGAGGCACUCUCAGCCUCUAGAUUCCCCCAUCACCUGGCAUGUCCCGGCUUUCGGGCCCCCCUGGACCUUUGGAAGUUCCUGGCCUUUAGGAUCUCCAGGCAUCUGGCAGACCCCAGUUACUCGCAGGCCCUGGCCCAUAGCAAACCUCGACCUCUGGUUGCUCUCGGCUUCUGCCACCUUUCGGCCUGAAGGCUCCGGCUAUUUAGCUCCAAAGAUGGCUGACUCCAUGGAUAGAUUUAGUUCCUUCUACGACCCUCGGUUCGGAGACGCGUUCUGGAAUAGUUCACGUUCUUCGAUGAUGCACUACCUGUACUUAAUGAUGUCAUCGUGGGCGAUCGUAUGUGACGUGUGGUACCUACCACCCAUGUACCAAGAGAAGGAUGAGACAGCCAUUGACUUUGCAAACAGGGUGAAAGCUGUCAUUGCUCGACAGGGUGGCCUCGUCGACCUCAUGUGGGACGGCCAACUGAAGAGGAUGAAACCAAAGAAAGAAUGGAGAGAGAAACAGCAAGAAGAGUACAGUAAAAGAUUAAAGGUGGAAUAAACCAACAACAGUAUGAACUAUUGUGAUAUGUGCCUAAUUGUCAAUCUAUAAUCGACCUUAUCCUGUAAAUAUAAUAAUAUGUGUAAAAACCACUGUUAAAUUUUGCACAAAGUGUGUGUGACUGUAACUGUAAGUACGUUAUGUUUUAUUGAGUGGGUAUAAGUUAUGAUUUUUAACUUAAGAUUUUUUGUAGUUAUUAAUUAUUUUGGAUCCAUAAACAGUCAGUUAAAAGACUGUUUCUAACGAACAAUUCCAAAUAAUGUUAAAAUGAUUUUGUAUAGAUUUUGUACUUAGGAAUACAGACUAGUCCGAAUCUCUGUGCUGUUUUCACGUCUGAGAAACAUUUUAACAAAUACCUCUUUUAGUUUUAUACACAACUUUUUGAAAUAAUUUAAUUUUACAACAAUGAAUAGUAUUUUUAUUAUUAACAAAAAGGAAUUUGAGUGUGAGAUUUUCAGUUUGGUAAUACUUACCGGUGGCUAGUAUCGUAUUAUAUUUUACACUAGUCGGAAUAUUGAACUGAAAAUGUCUCCCAGUAAGUUACUUCAGUUGCUCCCUUUUGUGAGUAAUAAACAAUAAAAUAACCAAAGUGUCAAUAUAUAUAUACAAUUAUAUGUUCAUCUAUAGAGAGUUAUUUGUCAUUUUAUGUUUCUAAUUGUUGUAGUGUUUUGUUAUAGUAAUUUAUCUAUAUAUUAUACAAAAACAUUGUAGUUUUUUAGAAAGUGUAUUCGUUAAAAAUUGGUAAGUGAUUAAAACAUUUCCCUUGAUAAGUUUUAUUAUUAAUUCUGUUAAAAUUAAAUAUUAAAGCACUUACAUUUGUAUAAACACAACCUUAGGUUAUGGAAAUGAACAAGUUAGCUUUAGUGUUGUGGAUGUUGUAAUGAACCGGUAUUAUUGUUUAUAUAUAGUUAAUACUUAUCAGAUGUGUCUUAUAAGUUUUAAAACAUCACAAAGUAUUUUUGUAAGGUUACAUUAAUAUUCACUAAUGAAGCAUGAAUUGCCCGAAUGUUAUUUUUUUGUUAAUCAUUGUUGUCUUCUAUACAAAAAUAAAAUAAAAUUGUGGUCAUGGCCAAAAUAGCCAUGAUGUCCAGAA